AUGGAUGAAACUACUCCUCCGAGAAAGGAUUCAGAACAUGUCUUUGUAGAUGACGUUAUUCUUGAAAUUUUACAAUUCCUAGAUUCAAAAUUAAUCAUCCGAGUGUGUAUGAGAAUUUCCAGACAAUGGUAUCGGCAAUGUCUUAAAAUACCUUUAAUUGUAUCUUUCUGUUCUUUUCCUUCGAGUCCAUCCUAUCAACUAAUUGGUCCCGAAGGAGUCAAACAUAUUGCCAUGUGUGAGAGUUUGAGAAAUUUAAAGGAAUUACAUGUACCUGCUCAGAAAAUUGGAUCCUCAGGAGUGAAAUAUAUUUCCGAGAGCGAGAAUGUGAGGAAUUUAAAAGUGUUGGAUUUAUCGGGAACCACACAUGCAGGUGGCUCGUUUUUUAAAGUGAAUAAUUUUGUUCGUAGAGAAGGUGUCAUGUGUUUGGCUCAGAGUAAAAAUUUAAUAAGUUUGACAUCAUUGAAAUUACACUGCAACAACCUUUCGUCGGAAGAUGUCAAAAUAAUUUCAGGUAGUGAAAAUAUGAAAAAUUUAAAAGUUUUGACUCUAGGUCAAAAUGUCAUUGACUCGUUAGGUGCUGCAUAUAUUGCCUCAAGUGAACAUUUGAGGAAUUUAACAUGCCUAGAUUUGAGUAAUAAUAAUCUGAUUGACAUGAAAGGAGCUGAACAUAUUGCUAAUAGUGAGAAUAUGCAAAACCUAACUGAUUUAAACUUGGCUAAAAAUUCUAUCAACUCUGAAGGUGCUAAACUUAUUGCAAGCAGCCAAUUUUUGAGCAAUUUACGAACAUUAGAUGUGUCUUGCAACAACAUUGGUCCUGAAGGAGUCAAACACAUUAGUGAAAGCAUGAAGAAUUUAACAGCCUUACGUCUGGACAACAAUAGUGUUGGUGUGAAAGGCGUUCACUCUAUAUCUAAUAGUCAUUGCAUGAACAAUUUAAUUUCCUUACAUUUACCGAGGAAUGAAAUUGGUUCUGAAGGAGCUCACUUUCUUGCUCAAAGUAGUCAACUGAAGAAUUUAACCGAUCUUAAUUUACAACACAAUUAUAUUGGAUCAGAAGGUGUAAAAUUUAUUACAGAUAGCCCGUUCUUGAAAAAUUUGACAUCGCUACAACUGCAACUUAACAACAUAGGCUCUAAGGGAGUGAAAUAUCUUUUCCACAACGAGAGUCAUUUGACGAAAUUAAGAGAAUUGUAUUUGACUAAAAACGAUAUUGAUUCUGAAGGAUGCAAAUACAUUGCCAAUAGCAUUCAAAUGAAGGACUUGACCAUCUUGAAUUUAGAUUGGAACAACAUUGGAAAUGAAGGCGUAAAAUGGCUUUCUGAAAGCGACAAUCUAAAGAAUUUAACAAUUUUGACUCUAUCUUGUAACAAGAUUAGUUCAGAAGGAGCUUUUAUGACUAUUAACAACAAGAAAAUGCCAAAAUUGAAAGAAUUACAUCUGUCCCAUAAUAACAUUGAUCCUUGUUGUGUGAAAGAUUUGACUCGCAUGGCCUCCCAUUUAACUUUGAAUGUUUGA